UUUUUUAAGCGAAAACACAAGCAACAUCCUGUUCAACUCUUCAUGAUUUCUCUGAAGAGGAAUUGAAUAAAAUACCACGAUGCGUACGUAUGGUUCGCUUAGUGCGUACUGGUUCGAGACUAGGAAUGGAUAUAGUUGGUGGUUUGGGCGGAGAAAUAGAUGGAAACUGCGUUGAAGAUGACACUUGUGGCGUAUUUGUAUCUGGUGUGUCAACGGAAGGAGCAGCUUACGGAUUAUUGCACAGAGGUGAUAGAAUACUCAGUGUUAAUGGCCGUGAUCUGACUCGAGCGACGCACGAACAAGCAGCAGCAGCGUUAAAGUAUUCGGGGAGCGCCGUUACUAUCGCAGCUCAGUAUCAGCCGGAACAAUACGAGAGGUUGCGCGCACGCAUACGAGCAAUUAACGCCACGGCAAUGUCGCCACAUUCCUACACACGCACUCAUAUACCUGUGAGGCCGGAUGUCCAUGCUGCUUACCCAAGGUAGCAACAAUUAUUAAUUUUAUAAGGAUAUAUUAUACUUGAUUAGAUAGUCGCCAUAAUGUGGAAUUUGUAACUUCACAAACUAUUCCGAUGUAACUCAGUACCCCACGUAGCGUUCGGACAAAACACAACGUUGAAACGUGGUUAAUCUGGUAAAAGUGUUAAGUGUUCCUGUGGGGACUGUUGAAAAUGUUUGAACAUUUGAUUCUGUCCCGAUAGCAAUCAAUGACGUAAGCACAUUGAUUUUACCUAUAUGUCUAUUUUAAUUAUAAAUAAAUCUAUUACUUGAGAAGACCAUUAAAAUAAUGUUAAAUAAAUGAACUUGUAAUCACAUUUUAUGUAAAUAGUAUGUGCUAUUGCUUCAAUACGUCAUUCGGAUUUGCUUUCACAAAUCAAUGAAAAAAUUAUACAUAUAAUUUAAAAUUGUUUUUUUUUCAGAUGUGUAUUUUAAAUCAUUUUAUUAUAAGUAUUACUUAUCAAGUAACGGUAAUUACUAAAAUAGUCCUUUGAGAAUAUAUGCUACACAAUAUAAUAAAUCACAAAACUGUUUAAACUAAGGCCCCGAUUGAUGAAAAUAUUAUUGAAAUAUAACAAAACUCUUGCCAUAUCAUAUAUUGACUACACUUACAAUAGUAUACGUUAUAUCUUUCCAAUAUAUAUUUUGUUUUCUUUUUUGGUGUUAUGCUGACUUUAAAAUAGGUAAAUUAUUUGCCGCUGUGUUUUACUUAUAUUUUUGUACAUUUAUCAUAUAAAUU